AUGUAUCGAUUGACUUACCUGACGUCAGAACACAAGGACCUAUUUCACAAAGAUUCGAGCGUGUUUUAUUGUGUUGUUACUGAUGAGUGGAUGGAAAAGUGGGGCACACUGAGCCUUGACAUUCAACCCAAAGACGCAGACCCGGAUACCUUCAAGCUCGCUGAGCUCAACAACAUCGCAGACCUGGAGGAACAAAACAAGGAAUUGGCGCGUCGAUCAGAGUUUCAGAGAGUGUGCAGUUUGCAUGUUGGAGCCUGGGCUCGCCACAAAUGGGGAUCCAAAUCUACGGAUACGUCAGCCGUUACUGCAGUCCUGUGA